UACCAGGAGUUUUCAAUAUUGGUAGUGGCUGUUGAUGGUGGAGGAUGGUGGAGGAAAUACAGUCAUGGAUUUUCCAGGAGAGACGUACUCGUAAAAGAGAUGGCUGCUAGCUAAGAGCACCUGCCUGGUGGGGUGCUGAGCCUUGGAGAAGCCACCUUUGUGGCCGGAAAUCGAGCAGGAACGCAUCUGUCUGGGCCACUCAGAAACACCUUUUCCUAAGAGCUGAUCGGAAGGCGAGUGACAGCCCAUCUGCCCGAAACCCAGAUCUCACCAGCAGCCCUAUAGCUGAGUGGAGCCUGCAGGCCUGACUGGGAGCCUCUCUGGAGACCCCACUCAGGGAGCCUUCCAGAAUGGCUGUCUCGCAGGCCAAACUGAAUGUGGUGGAAAAAACACAUAACAUAUCGAUGGACGAGUGUUUCCAGUCUCAAAGCACCGUCCUGAAGGGGCAGCCCUUUGGAGGUGUCCCCACAGUGCUGUUCAUCAAUGUUUUCUUGUGGCUGGUCAUCAUUGUGGUUUACUCCUUCCUCCGGAAAGCUGCAUGGGACUACGGGCGCCUGGCUCUGCUGAUGCACAAUGACAGCAUGACCUCGCUGAUCUAUGGGGAGCACAGUGAGAAGACUUCUCCCUCGGAUAUCUCCUUGGAGAUGGAAGACAAGGACAAGGGCUUCUAUACCUGGUUCUUCAACACCAUCUCCAUGAAGAACGAAGAUCUAAUCAGCAAGUGCGGAGAUGACGCCCGCAUUUACAUCAUGUUCCAGUACCAUCUCAUCCUCUUCGUCCUCAUCCUCUGCGUCCCCUCCUUGGGCAUCAUUUUGCCCAUCAACUACACUGGAAAAAUUCUGGAAUGGAGCAGUCACUUUGGGCGGACCACCAUCGUCAAUAUCUCCACAGAGAAUAAGAUCCUGUGGCUCCACUGUUUCUUCUCCUUUUUCUACUUCCUCGCCAACAUCAUCUUCAUGGCUCAUCACUGCUUAGGGUUUGUGCCCAAGAGGAGCUACAAGGCCUCAAAGACGCUGAUGAUCGCCUUUGUCCCCAAGGACAUCCAAGACCCAGAAAUCAUCACUAAGCAUUUCCAGGAGGCCUAUCAAGGGUGCGUGGUGACCAGAGUCCACUUCUGCUAUGACGUCAGGACCCUGGUUGACUUGGAUGAUCAGAGACGUCAUGCCAUGCGGGGCCGGCUCUACUACACCGCCAAGGCCAAGAAAAGUGGGAAGGUGAUGAUCAAGAUCCACCCCUGCUCCCGCCUCUGCUUCUGCAAAUGCUGGACCUGCUUCAAAGAGGUUGACGCCGAGCAAUAUUAUAGUGAGCUCGAGGAGCAGCUGACCGACGAGUUCAAUGCUGAGUUCAACCGAGUCCGAAUGAAGCGUCUGGACCUGAUCUUUGUCACCUUCCAGAGCUCCAGGAUGGCAAAGCAAGUCCUGGAUGAUUACAAGUUCAUCCAUUGCGGCAUACCCCCCAAUCAGUCCUCGGUCACCACCGUGGUCAAAUCCCACCAGUGGAGGAUCUCCUUGGCCCCACACCCCAAAGACAUUAUUUGGAAACACCUGUCAGUCCGCCGCUUCACCUGGUGGGCCCGCUUUAUCCUAAUCAACACCUCCCUCUUCUUCCUCUUCUUCUUCCUCACCACACCUGCCAUCAUCAUGAACACCAUCGACAUGUACAACGUCACCCGCCCCAUCGAGAACCUGCAGAGCCCUGUUGUGACCCAGUUCUUCCCCUCACUGCUGCUCUGGGCCUUUACAGUGAUACUGCCUCUGAUUGUCUACUUCUCUGCCUUCCUCGAGGCCCACUGGACCAGAUCAAGUCAGAAUCUGAUCAUAGUGCACAAGUGCUAUAUCUUCCUGGUGUUCAUGGUGGUCAUUCUGCCUUCUAUGGGGUUGACCAGCUUGGAUGUCUUUUUGCGCUGGCUCUUUGACAUCUACUAUCUGGAACAGGCAUCCAUCAGGUUCCAGUGUGUGUUCCUGCCAGACAACGGCGCCUUCUUCGUCAACUACGUCAUCACGGCAGCUUUGAUUGGCACAGGCAUGGAGCUGUUACGCCCGGGGUCUCUCAUACUGUACUGCACCCGCCUCUUUUUCUCCAAGUCGGAGCCAGAGAGAGUCCACAUCAGAAAAGACCACGCCUUGGACUUCCAGUAUGGGCGAGAAUAUGCGUGGAUGAUAAAUGUCUUCAGCGUGGUGAUGGCAUACAGUAUCACCUGCCCUAUCAUUGUGCCUUUUGGCCUGCUCUACCUGUUCAUGAAGCACAUGACGGACCGCUACAACAUGUACUACUCCUACGCGCCCACCAAGCUCAACGAGCAGAUCCACAUGGCUGCAGUCAGCCAGGCCAUCUUUGCACCGCUCCUGAGUCUGUUCUGGAUGCUCUUCUUCUCUGUGCUACGAUUAGGUUCGGCCCAUGUCAUCACCUUCUUUUCCCUGUCCAUCCUCGUCCUUUCCAUGGUAAUUGCCUGCUUUGGCACUCUUCUGGGGAGACUUCGCACGGUGCAUGAACUCGCGCACGAGGAGGAGAGGGAGACUGUGUUUGACAUGGAGCCCAGCAGCACCUCCUCCACGCCCACCUCACUUGUCACCUUGCUGCCGUGGCCCUGGCUGAAGACCUGGGAAGAUCGAGCAAGCAAGAUUUACCGGAGACUCUCUGGGAGGAACUCAGAGAGGAAGAAAAAGCUGUACAUGGCCACCGUGCUGCAAGAGCCAGAGAUGAACCUGACCCCAGCUUCCUCCCAGGCCCGGCUAAGCUACGGCAGCAUGAGCAGACAGCUAGGAGAGGAAGAGGAGGCGAGUGUUGCGUCGUCGGGCUUUGUGAGGGAGCUGGACUCGACCCAGUUCCAGGAAGGGCUGGAACUGGCGCACGAGAGCCAGUACCACUGACCAGGACCCAAGGCCUCCACCUGGCAACUCCAGCUGGGAGCAGCAGCCAGGGGAGGGCCUGGCAGGAGGGCAGCCUCACCUCCUGGCCACUUCCUGCAGACUUUGGGAAGGCCCAAGUGGAGAUGCCUGCUGCCCUGGCUAUCGGCCUGUGGAGGCCCCAACCUGCCGACCUGCUGGGCAGUGCAAAGGGACCCUGGAUGGGUUGAAGGAGACAGGCUGGCACCACGUCUUGGGAAAGGUGGCUGAAGCUCUGGGCGCAGAGACUGAAGGUUGGGGUUCCCACUGGGAUGGAGACAGAGGAGAUAUGCAAAAAGGAGGCGGCAGAAGAGGCCCACCGAAGACUCUGGGGUCUUCGCCACCCUCUACCAGCUGCCCUGCCAAGAAGCUUCCACUGCAGUUGCCGCCCCAACCCACCCUCCUCCCAGUCCAUCCUGCCUCCGCAGUCUGAGGAAGCGAAGGCUCGUGUGCUGGGCCUCAUCGACAGGAGGCCGACGAACACCGUGCCCAGGUUCCCUGCAUGGGCAUCCAUGAAGAGAGAGUUUCUGCAUCGUGCGGGGUGAGGGGUCACUGAGAACACAGACCUGAGAGGAGCUGUCCGAGCCCCUCCUACCCUCCAGCCCUCAUCAGCUGGCCCCAGGAGCAGCAGGGUAGAGGCCCUUCUCCUUCCUAUUCUUGCAAGGGCAGCUGGGACACGGUCACUCGGGCUCAUUAAACGAGACCUGUGUGCAUUUUGAUGAAGGCAACCUCGGCUGGUUAAUAUCAGGUGGGGAGGGGCAGAGGCAGAAUCCUUGGAGGGGGGUCUCUCCCCAAAUCCUGUGUGAAGAGUAUCUAGGUAAACCACCCCAGAGCCUACUGAGAGGACCCCCAAGGCCAAGACUGUGGCCACUGAGAGCCCCUCCUGCCUCAUCCCCUCUGAGUGCCCUGGCCUCCGCUCACCCAGCAAGGCCAAGAGGAGAGGCAGCUGGGGAGAAGUCCAUCCUUCAAACUGAAGGCACUGACCAUUCCUUGGCCUCCAAGCAGGGGCCCUUCUGCUCCUCUCGGGUCCACCCUGCACCCUAGAGUGAAAGCCACUCCAAGUGGCCUCCAGGGUAGUCCUAGCUUAGAACUGGGGUUGCCCUGCGGGACUGAGGGGGCUGUGUCUUCGAUGACGAAACCCUCUCUGCCCUCCCAGAGCUGCCAGCACCUGAGGCCUGAAGGAGCCAAAUCCCGGGUAGGAACAGUGCUGGUGACACCUGGCACCUGUGCUGCAGGCGGGGGUGCAAGCCUCCGCCUCUGGGGACAGACCCCACCAGGACCCCUAGGCAGCCUAGUGGAGGACAGAGAAGGACCAGCAGGAGCUUCCAUGGGCCAGAGCCAGUCCAAUCGAAUGGGGUCCCCAUGCUCUAGGGUUCUCCUGAGCUCCAGAGACCUGGGUCCCUGCAGCCAACCUGCUGAAGGUGGGCCCCCGCCACACCCCUGCACUCACUCACCUGGGCCCGGUCCCUUUUCCACCUCUGCCUGCAUCUCAGCCUCAGACGCUCCAGGCUUCACCCCAGGCAAAAAAUAGCACUUGAGGGGCAAACAGUGCCCUCUCCCAGGUCUUGGCCCAAACUUUGGUGUGAGGGAUCUUUCUUCAGCAGACCUUGGAUUGACUGGGGAGGUGGUCUCUCCCGGUCCUGGUCCAGCUUGGCCCCACAGGACCUCUGCCCUGGCAUCUCACCCACCCACAAGGGGAAGGGUCCUUUCUGGAGCAGAGUGGUCAGGGCCUCAGCGGGGAUCCCUGUGGGAAGGGGGCCGGCUCAGCCCUGCCCAGCCCGCGGUGUGUCACACACUGUAUGUGCUGGGGUGUCUUACCAGAAGCUGGCCUGUGGGCGCUCCUGUGUCGGCCGCCGGUUGCUGCUGCCUGGCCCCCUCUGAUGCGGCCCCCACUGGGCUGUUUCUGCUACUUCUUCUGUCCCUCUCUGCUCCGCUGACCACCUCAGCCUGUGGACGCUGCUUAUGGAGGCCUCCCAGCAGAUAACAUGGCCGCACUAUUGGCGGCUCCUCUCUCUGAAUUUGGGUUAAGUGUAGUCUGGUUCUGAGAAAGCAGAGGUGUCGGCCUGCUUUAGCUCCUCACACACCACAUUCUAGCCUCCAAGUACCUCCCCUCCCUGCUACCAUCCCACCCCAGGCCACCAACCCCUUCCCAGCUGGGCCUGCCUGUCAGGGAACCACCCCCUCUCAGACCUAAUCCUUUCUGGAGGGAGCUGCCCCAGGUGAGGAGGGGAUGGAGUGAUAUUGCCUAGAACCUCCCAGAAGUGCCCCACGGGGCCUGGAGCAGCUCCAUGCCUGCCUGCCUCUUUCUCAGAAGCUUCUGGAAGCAAAGUGCCUAUCAGCAGCAUUGCAUCCUCUGGGGGCCCGGUGGGGGUGUGGACUUCCCUUGGCUACCACCACUAAAGGAAUGUACCAGAAUGCCGAACCUUCUGUUAUUAAUGCUAUGACCGUGCCUUGAAUAAACAAGUCCUCCCAACCUCUGCUCGCUCGAGCCUCUGCAUUUGGACAGGCCCAGCAGGGCCUUCCCUCUGCUUGGAAGGAGGCAGAGCUGCUAAGAGAUGAACCUCCCUGAGGUUAGGGGCUUUGUCCCUUGGGACCAGAGCUGGCCCUUCUGGGAUCCCCUCACCCCUGAGGUCUUCCCUGGCCCCCUCCUGACAGGGCAGACCAGGCAAGUGCUUCCCCAGGUCUGCUGGA